UUUAACCUCCUUGCGGCACACCCGGAAGUAAAUAGAAACAACAUUUUUAUUGAUAAGUCACUGUAGAAAAUGACUAUUAUUGUCACCUCUCACGUGUCUCAUAGCCAUAUGAGGCUUAUUUAAUUUCCAACGAACAUUCAGCUGUCAUUUCGUUAGGAGAAAAGUAACGUUAUCGCGCUUUUAGGACCGAACAGGAUGGCGACAUAUAUGAAUUUCCACACUCAGCUGGCUUCCAUCAUGGAGGUGUUAGCUAACGCGGCUGUGGCUGAGAUCUGUCAGCUGGUGGACGACGGGUUUGCUACCCUGAGGCUGGAAAUAUCCCGGAGCCAGAGGGAGAACCUGGCCCUGAAGAGCAGGCUGCGGCUGCUGGAGGUCCGUUCAGGAGAGCAGUCCCACAGAGAGCCCACCCCCACGGCACUGGUGGUGACCUGCACCAUGACAGAUCAUCACUCUGGAGAAGACAGCCCUGCCAUUACCAAAAGAAAUGUGAAGUCCACCAUGCUGGAGAAUACUGACACCCAGCGGUCACAGCUGGUGGUUGUGACGGAGCAGCCGGUGGAGCCAGAGGUGGUGGUGAUAAAGAAGGAAAGGCUGGAGGAGGAGCUGACAGGCUGCAGUGUGCUGGAAGACCAUCAGACAGCUCCUAACAUCAGCAUUGGACCUCAGUCUGUUCCUCUUGCUGCUGAGAGCAACCGCCCUCUGAGUGCUGAGGCAGAAAUCCCCAGAGUCAGCGGGUAUGAAAAUCAGGGCUUUGCCAGGCUUGAAGCUCGGCAGCACGAAGAGAAAGAGGGAGCGGAGGAGGCUGGAACUCAGGGAGAGGACUCUGAUCCAGCAGACCAGAGCCACAGAGCCGUACCAAGAGGUUCUGAUCCAAACAGAGCCAGGGAAAUGACAGACUCAACCAAAGAAGUAGACAAACAUGCUGUGGACCCCAGUGGCUCUCUAUCUGCUGAGUCCAGUUGUAGUAAAGUUUCUGAUGUAGAGACUACUCUGAUAAAGACACUGGAUUCAGAACUGUCACCUACAAGCACUGGAGUGAAGGGUUUUUGUGGUGCUGCAGUAGACUGGAGGGCAGAGGUGGUGUUACCAGCAGUCAAACUGGAGGCUGAACCUUCCUGGUCUGAAGCUUUUAGCACAUAUAAUCCUUUAGUUUCUGUCACUAGAAGUGAGUGUCUGAGUGGCAGCAGAUUAACUAACUCCAGUCACCACACAGAGAGUGAAGCAGCAGAGCUGGACAUCAACAGUUUGGACUCCUCCUCCUUCGAUGACCUGUUCUCCUCUCCAGAGGUGGCCAGGUCUCUGACAGUUUCUCACAAACACUCCACAGACAGAGUCACAGGCACAGAGGAGCCUCUCUCAUCCUCGUCUUUAACUUUCCUGUGCAGUGGGAGCAGCUUUGGGGAUGCUUCCAUGUCAGACUCUGUAACUGUCUCCUCCGUCAGUAACACCUCUGUCUCCAGGAGCAGAAGCUUUCCCAGCAGCACAGAGCGAGUGUUCAGCUGUCAGCAGUGCGGCCGACUCUUCUCCACCUCCAGAGACCUGGUGGUGCACCAGCGCUCCCACACUGGGGAGAGGAUCUACCACUGCCACCUCUGUAAGAAGCCCUUUGUCCACCCACACCAGCUGAAAACCCAUCAGCGGGUGCAUACGGGAGAGAAACCAUUCAGCUGCACUCAGUGUGGUAAACGCUUCUCCCAGUCCAGCCACAUCAAGAGACACAUGAGCGUGCACACAGGGGAGAAGCGCUACAGCUGCAGCCUGUGUGGGAAACGUUUCUCGCAGGCCUGCAGCCUCAAGGUGCACCAGACUGUCCAUACAGGAGAGAGACCAUACAGCUGCACCAAGUGUGGCAAGAGCUUCUCUGUGCUGGGCAACCUGGUCCGCCAUCAGAGCAUCCACAACGGCAAGUGAGCACACAAUAUCAGAAGGGACUGAAGUGAAUCAGAAAUGAAGCAGAAGUGUAGUGUGCAUAUAAAGUCAGUAAUGCUCAUCAUAGCAGACUGUGAUGUCGUCAUUUAUACACGUUAAUGUUUACAAUAAAACAUGAAGAAAACUGCCUCCAGAUGACUGAACACAUUAACCUGGUGAAUGAAUCAUGUUUUUUUCAUCUGUAUUGGAAUAUACAUCACAUAGAACAAAGGUACAUCCUGAAUUAGACACCCAUUGCAUCAUCAUAUCAAAAUGAAAAAAUAUAUAGUACUUGUGUUAUACAGUAUAUAAGUGAUCAAUUUGAAUAGAAAUAAGAACAAUUUAAGACUGAAAAGAAAAAAUAUAUGCAAUCAAAAUAAAUACAUGUGUGAAUUAAACAAGUGCAAAAGGCACACUAAUUUUAUUCAGGUCUUUGUAAAUAACUCCUGAAACCAUUAAAUACAUAAUUACUCUGAAACCUCAAUUGAACGCGCAGUCCCUUUGACUAGCCUGAUGUGGCUACACAUUCUGAUAGAUAUAUGCCUGUCUCAAUUAGAGGCCUGGUGUGGUUGCCAAGCAGUUCUUUUUUUUUUAAUAGAAGUUCUUCAGAUGUGUAAAACCAGGUUGUUGACUACCUCAAAUUAUGUGUACAUUCCUUGAUUACCCUGUAAGUUAUUUAUAUUCCUUUAGUCCGUAAGAGUCCUCAGAUCAGAUGAAUCAAAAGGGUAUUUAAUAAAAAUUCAUCCAAGUUGUGUGUAUUGUUUUAACAGAAUGAAAUAAUGUUGUGUCGGUAUGUGGGGUGCUGUAAUCCCUGAGUGCUGUAAUGCUCCCUUUGCAACCUGUGGCUCCAAGACUCACUCAGCUCUUUAGUCCCUCUCAAGUAACUCCCUGUGGCUUUGACAGAAAAUUAUAUGGAAACUAAUAACUGUAUUUUUGUGUUUGUUUUUUUUACAUUCUAAUUUGUUGUAUGCCUAAAAUGAUUCUUACAUUAUUCAACUGUAAAAAUGUGAAGCCUAUAUACAAAUUUUAAAAAUGUUUGAACAGUUUGUCAACUUAAAUGUGCAUCAUACAUCUGUGGCCUGGUGCCUUUUCCUCUAAAAACAUCACUAGUGAUGGCUACAGAAAUCUUGAGUCUCCCUAGCUAGGCGAGCUAUGGAUUCCAAAUCCCAAAAAGGAAAAGAAUCAAGGGAAAAUAAAGGAUUGUGUCGACAAA